AUGGCGAGGUCUCUCGAUCCCUCCGUUCAAGACCAGUUACGACUCGAAACCUUUGAGAGGAAAUUCGACGUCAAGGAUUUCGUAGGACUAGUCUCGGAGAAGCUUAUUGCACAGUCCAAAGCCGAUUCAGGACCGUUCGAUCCCAAGCCAUUCAUACGCACAUUCGAGGCAGCGGUAGACAAGCUCAUUGCAGUCAGGAAGGAUGUACAAGCUAAAACGGAGCAGAUGGAGAAGAUUGUUCGGACGACCGAGAGAGAGUAUUCCAAGAAGAUGUCCGAGCUCAAUAAGGGGUUUGAGGCAGUUGGCCAAUCUUUCUCCGGCAUGGAAAGCAAGAUGAAUGAGGUCGGGCGCACGGCCAUCCGAAUUGGUGAUCAGCUUGAAUCCGUGCACCAGCAACGACAACGAGCCCAAGCGGCGCAUGAUCUCAUCGACUACUACAAUCAGUUUGCUCGAGAUGACACAACGCGGAUAGACUCUCUGAAGAAAGAGGGUGGCAAAGACGGGAGACGUAAGGUUGCGGUACUCCUAAGACGUCUUAAUGUUGUCGCUAAGGAGACGAGAGAAAAUAUCGACAGAUAUUGUGAAAAGUUUGAGAAGGAUGUGCUCCAUUUAUUCGACCGCGCAUAUCGCAAAGGUGACCCAAAGAUGAUGCAUCAUUGUGCGCAGACAUUGCUCGACUUCAAUGGCGGCGCUUCGUGCGUUCAAGUAUAUGUCAAUCAACACGAUUUCUUCAUCAACCGGGUGCGCGAAACGAAUAAUAUGGAAGAGGAGGUAUGGCAUACUCUUCCCAACCCUGAUGCCAGUCCGCCUACCGCAGAAGCUGGACUUCGCGAUCUCUUUCAGGACAUUCGUACAACCGUUGGUCAGGAGGCCCAGAUUGUGCAAGCCGUCUUUCCCAAUCCUCCCUUUGUUAUGCAGGUGUUUCUUCAACGCGUCUUCGCACAAUCAAUUCAGCAAUACAUGGAGCAGUUAGUCAACAGGGGAGCCAGCAUCUCUGACCUUGCGUUCUUACGUAUCCUGCAAUUGGUUCACCAGCAAACUUCAAUGCUCGUGGAAGACCUCAAGGCAUAUGAAGUUGCAUCGGUUAUGCCUCGGUCACCUUCCGAUAUGGGCGACUUGAACUUGACCUUGAACGCGGCACCCACGUCUGCAGUUACCACUACAGCUGCUACGGUCAGCACGAUGCUCGAGACUUCCAUGGAGGAACUCUUUGUGCCGUACACGGAAGGUCAGAGGUAUCUAGAGCGUGAAAGCCGGAGUUUGGGUGAACUGUACGCAGCUCACCUAGCUGCUUUCACCCGAUACCACGUACGUUCCAUUCUAAUCUAG